AUGUCACACUCCAAGAAGCGAAGGGCAGAAGAUUUGGCAAAGAAGAUAAGGAAGAAGAGCAAGAAAAGAAAGUUAGUGAUUCGUAACUUUUCUUCCGAAAGUGAGAUCAUACCAGAGACACCAUUAGAAGUUGUGGUAACCAAAUCAUGUACUGAGGAGGUUCCAACUUCAAACAUUGUUGCAAACGUAUCUGAUACGGGUGCACAUGUUUUAAUGAGUGAUGUUUCGUUAUCCCAAGUUAUUCCAGUUAUUGUUUCUUCUGCACCCAUCUCCGCUACUUUUGUUUCGUUACUACCAGUUAUCAUUUCUACCGUUCCAACAUCAUCUUCAUCGAAUUUCACUCAAAUACUUAACCAACCAUUCACUACAUUGUUUUCUUCCCAAUCCACUGAUCCACCAAAAUCGAAUGAGCCACCCAAACCUCUUGAAGAUUCUAAAACCGAAGAUACAGGGUUUGGAGGAACUUUUGAAGCGCUUGAAUUUGAAGAUGAGGAGGAAAAUUUUCCAGAUCAUAUGUUAAUCUCUAUGAAGCAAUUCAAGAUUCUUAACAAGAAUUUAAAUUCGAUCAUUCAAUCUCAGGUGGAUAUGGGGGUAGCAAUUUUGUGUCAGGAAUGGAGAUUGAUGAAAAAUGAACUUCGCAUCAAAUCUCAAUCUUCAACAUUUAAUGGUGAAGUUCAAGAAUUUCGAAGGCUUGCAAAAGAAAGACAUGUGAUGUUUGUUCAAGACGUCAAAAAGGUAAGAGAAGAUGUUAAUUUCAAACUUCAAGAGCUUCGAGAAGACAUGGAAAAAGAAAUUGAAGUGGUGCAACGUGAUUAUGCUUCUUUAAACCAGCAAGUUGAUGUUAUUGUUGAGGUUCUUGCCACGUUCGUAAAGCUAUAUGAAGCCGAGAGUCCACAGCUUUCUCAAUUGUCUACUACAGAAUCCACUAGUUUUGUUAAGAUCAAUAAUCACUUUAAAGAGUUGAAAGCUUUAAUAUCAAAGUCCAUCUCUUCUCCACUGAUAACUGCUGAGUUUUUAUCUCAGGAGUUUACUCAUUCUAAAGCUAUUCUACAGAAACAAGUGGCCCACUUGUCAAGAAUCUCAAAUAUUUUACCAACAGAUGCCCCGCCUGUUAUCACAGGGACUUUACUUACAGUUAGAUGA